UUUUUUUUUUUUUUUUUUUUUUUUUUUUGGGUCGCCUUCUUUUACCGUUUGACCGUCAUCGUUAGUCAGAAACUACCUAAUCACACCCUCCGCAACAAAAAUUUGAGUCAUAGUCAAGCAAUUGGGACUCCAGGCUUGUGUCCCAAGCCCAAUAUUCAACACCCUCCAAUCCGGCGGACUUCUCCAUGACAGUCUGUUCGUCGCUCUCUUUUGGAUCGUCUUCUCUUCGUCUCCCAAUUUCGUUUCGACCCCGCUCCGUGAACGCGCACCGGUUUCUGUCAACCACGAUUCUUCUUGCCCCCCGGCUUCCCCACUUCAACAGAAACAACCCCGCCAUCCACACCACCAAGCUGUUCGACCUCUCUGUGUCGCGUGAACCUGCCAAUAAACAAAACUGUUUGCGACCAGCUGCUCGCACGUACAGAACCAUGGCUUCAAACGCUGGCAUUGAACAGCUGUCGAAAUACGUCAAAGACCUGUCUCUGACUGAGAUUGCGACAACGUACCCCAACUGCCAUCCUGAUGUCAACCCUCUCGACUUCUACCGGGCGCAUCUCACCAAUGUCCUCCACAAGAUAACCGGUGUCGACCACAAAAUAAUCUAUCCCAAUCUACAGUGGGCCUCGGGCCUGGAGAAGGGAGAUUUCGUCCUCGCUGCUCCGUCUCUUCGUGUCAAGGGUAAGAAGCCCGACGAGCUGGCGAAGGAAUGGGUCGACAAUUUUCCCGAAGAAGACCCUCUUUUCGAUAAGCCCACCGUCACGAACUACUUUAUCGGCUUCUUCUGCAAGCGGGUGCCUCUCGCCCAGUCUAUUAUCCCCCAGAUCCAACAACUAGGACCCGAGUAUGGCUGCAAUAAGUACCUGGGCAUGAGAGACCCGUCAGACCCCAGCAAGGGAAAGAAGAGGAUAGUGGUCGAGUUCUCCUCGCCAAAUAUCGCCAAGCCCUUCCACGCCGGCCAUCUGCGAAGCACCAUCAUUGGUGGAUUCCUCGCGAACAUUUACGCCAGCGCUGGGUGGGAUGUCGUCCGGAUCAACUACCUCGGUGACUGGGGGAAGCAAUACGGUCUUCUCGCGCUUGGUUUCGAGAAGUACGGCGACGAGGAAGCGCUCAAGAAGGACCCCAUCAACCAUCUCUACGAGCUCUACGUCAAGAUCAACAAGGAUAUGACGGCCGAGAAGGAGGCCAUCGAAGCCCAGAAAGCCGAAGGCAAGGACGUCACCGAGUUGGAGGCCAACACUCUCGACGAGCAGGCGCGCCAGUACUUCAAGAAGAUGACGGAUCGCGACGAGACCGCUCUGGCCCAGUGGAGACGGUUCCGGGAUCUCAGCAUUGUUCGGUACAAGGAAACCUACGCUCGCCUGAAUAUCCAUUUCGACGAGUACAGCGGCGAAAGCCAGGUCACGGAGGAGGCGAUGGAGAAGACGGCCCAGGAGAUGGCCGAGAAGAAGAUCACGACCGUUGACCAGGGCGCCGUGAUUGUCAACUUUGCCGAAUUGCUGCCCGGAAAGGAGGGUAAGCGUCUCGAACGCCCGAUCGUGAGGAAGAAGGACGGCACGGCGCUCUACCUCACCAGGGAUAUCAGUGAGCUUUUGGGCCGGUACGAGAAGUACAAGUUCGAUCAGAUGAUCUAUGUCGUUGCCUCUGCGCAAGACCUGCACUUGAAGCAGCUCUUCAAGAUCAUCGAGCUCCUGGGCCACAAGGACAUUGCCGACAAGUGCCAGCAUGUCAACUUCGGGCUCGUGCUCGGAAUGAGUACCCGGAGGGGCACCGUCAAGUUCUUGGAUGAUAUCCUCCGGGAUGUUGCCGACAAGAUGCACGAGGUCAUGAAGAAGAACGAAGACAAAUACUCCCAGGUCGCGGAUCCUAUCAGCACUUCGGACAUCCUCGGUAUCAGCAGUGUUAUGGCCCAAGAUAUGUCGGGCAAGAGGAUCAACAACUACACCUUCAAUAUGGAUGCCAUGACCUCCUUCGAGGGCGACACCGGACCGUAUCUGCAGUACGCCCACGCUCGCGUCUGCUCCAUCGAGCGACGCGCCGGUCUCACCAAGGAAGACCUGGCGUCGGCAGACCUGUCCCUCCUGACGGAGCAGCACGCCGUCAACGUCGUCCGCCUGAUCGCGCAGUGGCCCGACGUCGUCCAGAACCUGUUCCGGACGCUGGAGCCGACCAACGUCCUGACCUACCUCUUCAAGAUGACGCACGCGCUGAGCGGGAGCUACGACCAUCUCAGGAUAGUGGGUAGCGAGCGGGAGGUGAUGAAGGCCCGCAUGGCCCUGUACGACGCUGCGCGGACGGUCUUGUCCAACGGCAUGCGCCUGCUGGGACUCAGUCCUGUCGAUAGGAUGUAAAUCUGUCCCUUCGGCUGUUGGUCAUGGGUAGUGUCAAACAGGCCCCCGGUCGUGGAGACUCGGGGAUUGCGAUUUGGGGGGAGAGUUCCCCGUUCCAUCGUACGGAGAAAAGGAUGCUGGCAAUUUCAGGGGGGUUCCCUCUCUGGCUUGGUCAUCCCAUACAUCCGCGUGAUGGCUGGAUUCGUAUUGUUGGCAGCUUGUCGAGCUAUUGCCACGGCCGCGCCCCCAAUCAUUGCUUGUCGAACAGCUCAAGGAGCCUGAUGUCGUUUAUCUAAAAGGGAGGUACGUGCUUGACUGGUAGUUAGCUGGUAGAAGGAUACCGGGUAGAUCCGAUUCGGACGCCAAAAAGAUAAAUUUUUGCCCUAAACACACAGACUCGUGCAUCCGUCUGGC